AUGGGCUACACGAUAAAGCAAAAGAUCGAGAUUUGCCUCAAGCUGGAGGCAAAUCCACAAAUGACGCAAACAGACUUGGCAAACUGGGCCAUGAAGAACUUCGGGUCAGAUAAGCCGCCAUCUCAGACUACCAUCUCACGCAUCCUCAGCUCCAAGAACGACAUCCUUGGAGCAAAGGAAUCUGAGUUCCUGCUUGUACGUCGUAGAAAAGUCUCGAAUCCAUUAUUGAGGCGAAUCUUGACGGAAUGGAUAACUCAAGCUCGUUGGGAGAAGAUUCCCAUCACAACCCCAAUCAUUCAACUGACAGCAAACGCUAUUUGGACACGUCUACCCCAGAACACAAAGAAGGGCAACGGAGUUUUCAAUCACAAGUGGUGUAACCAUUUUGUAAAAAAACUCAACAUCAAUUUAAGUGGUUCCCCUGAGACGAUUAAGGAAAACGUCGGAUACCCACUCAACAAAGUGUGGCAAUUGGACGAAAAGAUUGAGUUGAAGCAAUAUGUUGCGCAGUUAAUUUCCUCAAAAAAUUACCUGCCUCAAGAUUUGUUUACAAUUGACGAGUUCCUGCUCCUUUAUAGUCUUCCUCUUGACCAGAUCUUUGACGUCUCAUACAUCGACAAGGGAUUGGCACAGAGUAACAAUGCGCCUGAGCACAUGCUCACCAUUAUGUUGGGAUGUAACCUUGAUGGAUCUGAAAAAUUGAAUCCGUUAGUUGUGGCCAAACAUGAUACGUUUGAUGUUUCUGCCAGCUCACACCCAGCAUUCAAGUCACAUCCUGCCACUGGCCAACUCCCUCCACAUGCAUUAGCAAACAAAAUAAGUGAAGUUUACCAGAUCUCCUACAAAUUCAAUGAUAACAAAUGGAUUACCUCCAGCAUCUUUCAAAACUACUUGCUCUCUCUUGACCACAAGAUUGAUAGUGUUUCUCCAGACAGAAACAUAUUGAUUUUUCUCGACAACAGCUCCUCGCACAGAAUAAUCAAUUUGGAGUUCAAGCAUAUCAAGCUUAUAUACAUGGAAAACGCAUCAAAGCAUAAGAACCCAUACAACGGGUCCUUUAAAGGAAUGAAAUUUGACUAUAUUCCGAUGAGCUUUGGCAUAGUCGAUGAAUUCAAGAUCUUGUUUCGUCUUCAGCAAUACCUCGAGAUGAUCAACAAGCAGCGCAAUCACACAGAGUCGGAAGGGGCUACCUCGCCUAUGUCCAGAAGUCAAAAAUUGCCAGGCCCUAACUCCAGUCUGCCUGAAAUUCUCUCAGAGGGAGAUUAUCAGGUUCCUUUCAUUAAGGUUAUAGAAUGGGUUAAGAGAUCUUGGGACAGCAUCAGCCAGGAGAAAAUCUUCUUAGCGUGGAAGAAAACCUUUAUCAUCAGCUUCAAGAACCCCUGGCCAGCAUCCAAUCCGAAAGUCCAAGAGGAUGCCCGUCUUUUGCUUGCGUCAUACAUGACCGCCUUGUAUACCUUCGAUCCGCAGAAGAGUUUCGAAAAACUAAAGGAGAUUAUGAACUACUUAAACGUAGUUAUUCCUUGGGAUAUUGAGGAAUUGAUUGGUCUUGUCAAUGAAAGAAGUAAGGUAAGUCUUAACUACGUUUCAAUUGAUGAGAUAAUCGGAAGUUGUAUGCUGGGUGCCCAAGAUGAGGAAUCAGAGCCAUUAUUUAUUGAGGAGCCUAUCAAUACCAUAGAAACCCCUCAGAAUAAUUGGUUUUCCAAUGAAACGACCAGCAUAGGGCCAUCUCCAUCCGUGCCUCGUCCAAUGCCAAUCACCAGCGUUCCGUACAAACCACCAAAUCAUACUCCUGAUAUCGAUCUAGGCUCAAAAAUGAUUGCACCAAGUGGUGCGCCAAACGCAUACCUGCCACAUCCAAACAAAUUACCAGCGAUGAACACUUUACGUCAACAAAAUGAACAAGAAAUGAAAUUCAAUCCGCAUGCCAUGGACGAAUAUCAAAAUACAAAUCCCAACUCAAUUAGCAUAAGCGCUCUUUUAUUGGCAUCAGAGGCUACAAGUCAAGACAUGCCGAUUCCUGGAGGAGCAUUUUCACCUCUAGUGCCUGGGAGAGAGAUGCUUCCUCCUGUGCUUGCACGUCCACAAAUGGAUCCAACGCAAUACAGAAAACAUAGAAUCAGUGGAGCUGACUAUAACGAAUUCCCUGGUGGAAAGCGUCCUAGUGUUAAUCGGUUUAUUGGGGGCGAACAGGGCGGUUUGUUUAAUGAUGUUCCAACACCGCCACAAAACCCUGAUUCACUACAACAGCAACCGUUCUCAACUCCAGGGCCGUCUAAAUUCAAUGUUCCAUCCUUUACGAAAAGCUUCAGUAAGCUCGUAGAUUCCCCAGAGGAUCCAGAUGGAACGAUGGAUGAGGAGCUUGCCAAGACGCUCAGCCGCGUAAUCGAGGCAUCAAAGACGAACGGAAUAAAGCUUUCCAAUCUCGCUUUGGAGGAACUCAAGUACAACCUUCUUUCAAUCCAGCGAAAAUACCCAUCUGGCUAA